AUGCCUAGUCGAACCAUUUGCGGACUCUUGAGCAUUCUUGGCGCGUUGGCCACGUGCGGUUCCGUGUAUGCAUGGAACGGCCUUCGCAAUCCGUGGGCUAGUUUUGCGACCCCAAUACAGAUUCUUUUCGCUCUCGUCUUUCUUCUAACCACAGUCGACCAUAUUUGGACCAUCCUAUGGUGGAUUGCGUACACACCCGUUCCACCCACAGACAGGCAGCUAUUGCCCAACAUUACUGUUGUAAUCCCAGUAUACAACGAAUCACACUUUGUUCGCUACGCUCUACAUUCCAUCUUACAGUCGUCUUAUCCAAAACAUCGACUUGAAGUCGUUGUUGUGGACGAUGGCUCUUCAGACGACUCGUGGGACCACAUUUCCGACACUGCGACAGUGUACGUCGACGCUGGAAUCCGUUAUCGUACCGUCAAACACGACACUAACAUGGGAAAGCGAUCUGCAAUCAUAUCCGGCUUUUCAAUUGCGAACGGCGAUUUCAUCGUCUCUCUGGAUUCAGACAGUGUACUAGAGCGCAGCUCUCUGUCGAACUUGGUGGCCCCCAUGGUGCUUGAUGCACGCAUCGGAGGUGUGGCAGGCCAUCUCAGUGCUCUCAACGUGGAUGGUAAACUCAUCCCGCGUCUCCUCGACAUACUCUUCGAGUCGAGCGGCAACACUCCUCGAGCAGCACAGUCGCGCGCAUGCGGUGCUGUCACCAUUCUCCCCGGCGCACUCUCAGCAUAUCGAACUGUCGCGAUCCGACCUUUGUUCGCCGGCCUCCGCGAAACUACUUUCCUGGGUUCAUCAAUCAAUCACGGCGAGGACGUCGAACUGACACUAGGGCUGCUGCGUAGCGGUUGGACAACGGUUUAUCAAAGCAAUGCUGUUGUGCAUACCAUCGCCCCAGAGAGCGCUCGUCGGGCUUUUCUCAUGUACACGCGCUGGGAACGAAGCUCCUACGUUUAUCUGUGCUUGGGCUUCUUCCAAGUUGCUGUGAGAGCCAUUGUCAAACAGCUAACAUCGCAUUUUCGGAACAACAUCAAGGGUGACGAAAUAACAAAAGAGCUGGGUGUCGAUGAGAAAGAGGAGGUAGUGUAUACUCCGAUGAGUCUCCUCAACGUUGCCAAGUCGGUUCUGGGCAGCUUGUUUUUGCUUGUCAACAUGACUUCCACAGCCGUCGGCAACUUACUCUUCCCCUUCCUUGUCUACUCCCAAGCCUCAACGAUCAGCUUGCGGCCUCAAGUUAUGCUUCUCGGGUGUAUAAGUACACUGCUGCUAGCAGGGUUCCGUACUCUUCUCUUCUAUGCGGAUUGUGGUGACAAGAGAGACGAUACGCGAGACGAUGAUUCAACUCGAGAAGAGUUUGUCAAGAUAGACUAUUGGGGGAAAGAAAUGGAUGAGCUGAAGAUCUAUGGCCGCAAGGAACGGUUGCUUUGGCGGUUGCAGUAUGGGGGGCUUGCUAUGUUUUUCCAUUCAAGCUUCAUUACAUGGACGUCGUUAGCAGCAUUAUUGACUUUGAAGAGCCAGCAAUGGCUUACAAGAUAG